AUGAGGAAAGUGUUCCCGGUUAUUUCUAGAAGACUUUCACACGUGUGUAGUUUAAAACCGUAUAAAGAGACGAAAUGGCUGAUGCCAAAUGGAAAUCCAACGGGUGCAUAUAUUUACAACUGUGUUGCGGACCAGAAAGUUCCAGUAAUACUUAACGACCCUCACAUAGCCACCUGGUACUCGUGCGGCCCUACAGUGUACGACUCGGCUCACAUCGGACAUGCGAGCUGCUAUGUGAAACUCGACAUCAUUCAACGAAUUAUAAAAUCAUUUUUGAACAUCAAACUUGUGACUGCAAUGGGAAUUACGGAUAUCGACGACAAAAUCAUCAAAAAAGGUUUAGAAACUAAGACGCACUUUCAAAAUAUCGCCAAACAAUAUGAGCACGAGUUCUGGCUUGACAUGUCUUCACUGAAUAUUGAGAAACCUUUAAUAAUAACAAGAGUGUCAGAACACAUCAACUCCAUUGAAAGUUUUGUACAGAAACUUAUUGACUCAGAGAUGGCUUACGUCACAAUGGAUGGUUCUGUUUACUUUGACACAACUAAAUAUCCAUCUUAUGGGAAAUUACAAAGAGCACAAACUGAAGGAGAAGCAGCUAAUGAAGAGAAAAGGAACAAAACUGAUUUUGCUCUGUGGAAAGGCCAUAAACCUGAUGAGCCUUCAUGGAAUGUGAAAUGGGGGAAAGGCAGGCCAGGGUGGCACAUAGAGUGCUCAGCUAUGGUCAGUAAGGUGUUUGGUUCUCAAAUAGACUUCCAUGCUGGUGGUAUAGAUCUUCAGUUCCCCCACCAUGAGAAUGAGGAGGCUCAGUCAUGUGCAUACCACAACACUAGACAAUGGGCCAACUAUUGGAUCCAUGUUGGCCACUUACAUGUAAAGGGUGAUACUAAAAUGUCUAAAUCUCUAAAAAACACUAUAUCAAUACCUGAGCUGUUGAAAUCCCACAGUGCAGAUGUGUUCAGGAUGGCUUGUCUGACAUCCAGUUACCGGUACCCAAUGGAAUAUAGUCCAGAAGUAAUGAAAACAGCAGAAGAAGUCCUAAACAAAUUCAAAUUCUUCUUAAAAGAUGCAUUUAUUUAUGUCAAUAACAAUGCAGUGAGCAAUGGGGAUUAUAAAGAUAAGAUUCUAGAUGAUCUACAGAAAAUUGAGGAGGCUAACAUUGAGGCUUUGAAAAAUGAUUUUAAUACUGCUGUUUGUAUAAAUAAUCUGCUUACUUUAGUGAGUAAUGCUAACAAAGUGAUUAGGUUAGACACUUCAGACUACUACCCGGUACCUAUUGUGUUAAUAGCGGAAUAUGUAACUGACAUGUUGACAAAAUUUGGACUAAAACUGCAAGAGUCUGCACAAGACAGUGUAUUGUCAAACUCUCUAAUAGAUACUCUUGUUGAAUUCAGACAUACUGUGAGAUUAAAUGCCCUCUCUAGGAAAGAUAAGGAGGUACUACAAGCAUGUGAUAUUGUUAGGGAUAAAAUGAAGAAAAUGAAAGUACAAAUCAAUGAUAGCAAUAAAACCUCUUCUUGGGUUUCUGUAAAAUAA